AUGAACAUUUCGCCUCUUUUAGCUAUUCUGCUCGGUUUCAUUAUCGUCGCCGCCGCUAUCUCUACCAUCUCCGUCGAGGGACGUAAACAUCACGUCAAGAAGAUCAAACCCAAGCACCGUCGCCACUCCAGAAAUACCCCUACAGGCUCUCCGGCACCCGCACCUUAUCCGUCCACUCAUGAGGGGGUUUUCGACAUUCUCUCCUUUGGUGCCAAAGGUGAUGGUGUCUCGGAUGACUCAAAGGCAUUUGUCGGAGCGUGGAAGGCGGCUUGUGAAGUGGCGGGAGGGAAGGUGGAGAUUCCGGCAGGGAAAGAGUUUAUGGUGAAGGCGGUGACGCUGCAAGGGCCGUGCACGGGGGAAACAGUACUUCAAAUAGAAGGAACCUUAGUGGCUCCGGCUAAGAUAGGGUCAUGGUCUAAGUCGAGUUUAUUUCAGUGGCUUAACUUCAAAUGGGUCCGCCACGUCACCAUCCAAGGCUCAGGGAUUCUUGAUGGUCGUGGCUCAAACUGGUGGAACUUGGACACUUAUCAAACUCAAAGGAGUAAAAAAUAUAUCCCACCAAUGAAACCAACGGCACUUAGGUUUUAUGCAAGUGGUAACGUAACGGUCCGUGACAUAAGCAUCGUGAAUAGCCCACUGUGUCACUUGAAGUUUGAUGAUUCCGACGGCGUCAAAGUCAACAACAUAACGAUCUCUUCGCCGAAGAAUAGCCCUAACACCGACGGCAUCCACCUCCAAAACACACGUAAUGUCGAGAUUCAACACUCCAACAUUGCUUGCGGAGAUGACUGUAUAUCAAUUCAAACCGGCUCCUCCAAUGUACAUAUUCACCACAUCAAUUGUGGCCCUGGCCAUGGCAUCAGCAUAGGGAGUCUAGGGAAAGAUAAGAGUGUGGCAUGUGUUUCUGAUAUCAUUGUGGAGGAUAGCUCUAUACAGAACACUCUUUCAGGUGUUCGGAUCAAGACUUGGCAGGGAGGAUUUGGGGUCGUCAAGAACUUAACAUUCUCAAACAUACAAGUAAAGGACGUGGAAAAACCGAUAGUAAUAGACCAAUUUUAUUGCGACAAGUCCAAGUGUAAGAAUCAGACCAGCGCAGUGUCGAUUUCCGGCGUCAAAUACAACAACAUCGUCGGUACUUUCACGGCACAACCGGUACAUAUCGCAUGCAGUAACAACGUGCCAUGCAUGGAUGUGGAUCUGAUGGAUAUAAGGCUAAGACCCUCCGGGGGAAUCAGAGGGUUACAAACUCAUCAGCAGCAACAAGCUUUGUGUUGGAACUCGUACGGCAAAACACAAGGGCCUUUGGUUCCUUCAAGCAUUGGUUAUUGCUUGAAGAAGAGUACUAGUUCUGGUGGUUAUUCUCCCAAGAGACUUAUUGCUUCGUCCCAUGAAAAAUAUUGCCCUCAACCUUAA